AUGAAGUGGUUUGAAGACGGACCAUCCUUGGUCGAUAUACCCUUACCUAUUCCAGAUCCUGCCCGUCCCUGGGAAGGUAAUUGUGCAAAGUGUACAUCCGGUUGUCAUGGACACUUCAUGGCUCCUGCUGAAUCUCUUGAACAUAUUCAAAAGAAUGGCUAUAAAGAUUGCAUGCUUAACCCUCCUUCAGAGGUUAUCAAGAAAGCGUUUGAUUUAUCUAGGAAACAGAAAACGACCCUCUCAGCGACACAUAUCAAAGAUCUGGCAAAACAAACGCUUCUACCUGAAUGUGACAUCUCCUUUUGGCUGCAGCAUCUAAAAGGAAUUGAGGAAAGGAGAGCUGAGGGGGUGAAAAAAGCAAAAGCAACCAGGCAGCUGCGUUCAAAAGAGAAGGCACAAAAAGAAAAAUCGUCUGUUAUAAAUGAGCCCAGAAAAGAUGUCUACUGCUGGUGUGCAAAAGAGGAGUAUGGUGAGAUGGUUGCAUGUGACAACCCAGCCUGCAAGAUAGUGUGGUUUCAUUUUGAUUGCGUAGGAUUGUCUGAAGCUCCUGCAGGCAAUUGGUUUUGCAAUGACUGUGAUCAGAUAGAUUUUCCGUAA